GUUUUCGAGAGGAAACAAGUCUGCGAGGGUUUAGAUUACCUUUUUGGGGAUCGACUGUGCAGGUGAUAAGGGGGAUGGGGGAGGGAUGUUGUCAGACUUGAUGGGUUGAUGGAUGGAUGGUUUGGGGUUUAUUGGGGACUAUUCGGGUACUGGUACUCGUGCAUGUUAUAUAUGAGGUCUUUGGUCUUGUGGAGAAUUUGGUUAUGCCUUGGAUUGCUUCUUUUUCUCGUUCUUCUUUUUGAUUUUGAGAAGUUUUGAAAUUGAAAUUGGAUUUUGAAUGUUUGAUGGGUUGUUGUGUUAUUGGUAUUCUUGAUUGAUUGAUUGAUUGAUUGAUUGAUUGAUUGAUUGAUUGAUUGAUUGAUUGAUUGAUUGAUUGAUUGAUUGAUUGAACAGUUGAUUGAUAUUGAGAACCGCAAAUAUGACGACAGAAGAGAACUCGAAACCGGAAGAGCAACCUAAACCGAAGAAAUGGAUUAUGAAUGCAUUCGCUAUGUUUGCGCCUGGUCAUUUAUCACCUGGUACUUCUCUUCCUCUCCCCUUUCCCCCUCUUCCCCUCCUCUCCUCAAUCAACCAUCAAAACCAACUAACCCCACCCCACUCAAAGGAUAAUGGCGCCACCCCUCCGAUCAAGCAGGCGACUACACGAACCUAACCUACUGGACGAACCUCGCUAAGACGCUCGAGCGAGGCAAGUUCCAUGGCUUGUUCCUGGCGGAUGUCCUGGGGAUUUAUGAUGUUUAUAAGGGACCCGGGAAUGUGGAGCCGGCUGUGGGGAGUGGGAGUCAGUUUCCGAUUGGGGAUCCUUUGUAAGUUUCUUUUUUCUUUGAUGUUUUUUGGGGUUGGGGGAUGAGUGGUGGAGUGGUGAGGAAGAUGGAGAGGGAAUGGGAGGGGAGGGGAUGAGGGAAAGGGGGGAAUACUUGAUAUCCAACUAACAAACCCCAAAAAGCCUCCUAAUCUCCGCCAUGGCAUCCGUAACCACCUCCCUCUCCUUCGCCAUAACCUCCUCAACAACCUACGAACACCCCUACGCCCUGGCGCGACGCUUCUCCUCCCUCGACCACCUCACCAACGGCCGCGUCGGCUGGAACAUCGUGACAUCCUACCUCGACAGCGCCGCCAAAGCUUUUGGACUCACCGACCAGAUCCCACACGAUGAGCGCUACGAGCGCGCGGAGGAGUUCUUGGAAGUAGGUUAUAAGCUGUGGGAGGGGAGUUGGAAGGAUGACGCGAGGGCGAUGGAUAAGGAGAGGGGGGUUUAUAGUGAGGUGGAUGGUGUGAGGAGGGUGGUGCAUCAGGUGAGGUAUUUUAGGUGUGAGGCGUUGCAUCAGCUUCAUGCUUCGGUGCAGAGGACGCCGUUUUUGUUGCAGGCGGGGGCUUCGGCGUGAGUUUCUUUGUAAGUGAGAUGAUGGAUAGGUGCUGAUGAGUGUAGAGCGGGGAAGAAGUUUGCGACGAAGCAUUCGGAGGCUAUGUUCCUUCCUGGGAUUGAUCCGGUUAAAGUCCGAAAGGAGGCUGAUGAUAUUCGGUAAAUAAACGAGGUAUCCAUAUUAAGCGAACUUGGCUGAUUGGAAUGUAGUGCACAAGCGGUCUCCCAAGGGAGAAAAGCGACGGAUAUCAAGAUCAUCGCGGGGAUUCUGGUGAUUAUAGAUGAGACGGAUGAGAAGGCUCAGGCGAAGUAUGAGAGUUAUCUUGAGUAUGCGGAUUUAGAGGGGAUUGCUGCGCUCUUUGGGGGCUGGACGAACCAUGAUCUCUCGAAAUAUGGCGAGGAUGAUGAUUUUAAGUUUACCGGCCAUGGUUCGAUCCAGGUGAGUCACUCGUUCUUUUCGUAAUCGUUUGAUUCUAUUCAAGUUAUUCAUGAGCCUUGAGAGAAAAUCUUCCUCGAAAGAAUUCAUCAUCCCCAAUAUAUCUCACCACCCCAACCCAUCUCCAAAAACCCACCACACUAACCCCCCAACCCCUAGUCCAUGGUAAACACCUGGUCCACCACCAUCCCCGGAACCAACGGCAUAAAAUGGACCCGUCGGCGCGUCCUCCAAGAACUCGCACUGGGCGGCGCCCACCCCCGCGCCAUCGGCUCCCCCCAAACCGUCGCCGAUAUCCUACAGAAUUGGAUUGAUGUCGCGGGUGUAGAUGGGUUUAAUCUUGCCUACGCAGUGAGUCCGGGGACGUUUGAGGAUAUGAUUCAGUGGCUUUGGCCCGAGUUGAGGAGGAGAGACGUGUUUUGGGAGGAGUAUGAGAAGGUGGGGGGAUCGAUGAGGGAGAAUUUUUCGGGGGAUGGGGAGGGU